UUUGACAGCUUCGGUUUUACUAAAGAUGGCAACACUUCUUCUUAACCGCUCCAUUUUUUUGUGUUCACCAUGACAUUUCAUGCAAACGGUUUUCGGCAUUCAAAACUCAGCGUAUACAUGAGUGUCUUUACUAUUUGUAUUAACAGAGAAAAAAAAAUUCCAGUUUUUUUUUAUUGAAAUUUUUAGUUUAUUCCAAGUAAAUUCGAUUUAAAAUGGCAAAUUUUUAUGCUAAAAUUAGACAGUUGGUAAAAGACUGUGAUAUUUCAUACAUUGAACCACUGUCGUACAUGAAACAUUUUACAACAUCCGAAAAUUCCAAUGCAUCAGCUUCAGAUAAGAUUGUGUUGUUUUACAAAAAGGGCUAUCCGUCAACACCACCAGCACCCAAAACAGUUAAAUCUCCUGUCUUCAAUGAUGAAUCUCAUAUGCACGAUCUCACCGGAUCGCCAUUGCGGGAUUCAUGCCAGUUUGAUGUGCUCAAUGAGUCAGUGAGUGACGAAUUUAUUAAGAAAAAUGCAUGGAAAGAUGAGGAAGAAAAAUACCAUUCCAUUGCAUUGAAUGACGCACAGGUGCAUAUCAACCAAAUUUUAUCCGAAACUCCAAAGGAAAGUACACCAAAAUGUUGGGCUAUUUGUGACCAGAGUGACGAAAAAACUAUGCUCCUAUCCACACAAAUGAAUGGAAGCAAAUGGCGCCGAGGAAUAUUAAGAUACAAUGGUGUCGUUGAUUUCAAACCCAUCAACUUGAUCGAGUUGCAAUCCAAACACUUGUCGUAUGUGGUGAAGCAAUACGGUCCGAUUGAAGGCAUGAUUGAUAAUUAUUAUCGAUUGAGCAACGAUGCAAUGUUGCAAGUAUCUCGUCCUGUGAAUGGUUCAAUGGCACAGUCGAUCAUCAAUGAUGGUAAAGUGGCAUCGAAAAUGGUGUUGCAUCAAACAAUUCAAGUGAAUAACUUUAAAUCGGUGGCCAAAAAGUUCUGGAUUCAGCUUGGUAUUUUGGAUGACAUGAAGGAAACGAUUGUGUCAUACAAGGAAUUAAGAGAUCUGAGCUGCUUGGUUUUCAAAGGUCAUGGCGGUCAUGGUGAUAUUGCGGAAAUCAAACAAGAAAUAUAUGAUAUGCUUACGCAACCCAUUCCAAUCGGUGUAACUGAUGAAGAAGAUGUGAAUGAGCACAAGCCAAAUACGAGCAUCGAUAAGAUUGUCGAAAAUGCAAGCACACGAGAAAGUGGCGAGCUCACCGAUCAACUGUGGGACGUGUUAAGAGGUUGUUCUUCGUACAGUAUGUUGAAAGAGGCCAUUGAACACAUUUUCACAUCGGCCGCCAAAAUUAAUGUUGUGAAUAUGCCAUCAAAUCAAAGUCGGUUGGCGCAUUUGAUUCGUGAUGUAUCUGAUCAUCGCAUUGCAAUUCCUCGCUUGAAUGGUUCAGAGCCGUUGGAAUUGUUGCUCGAAAUUGGAAUGGAAAAAGUGAACAAGGAUUAUGAAUACAUUUUCGUGGAAAGUAAACUAUGUUCAGCAGAAGAUUUGCGCGCGGAUAAGAAAUUGGCGCUAUCAAAUGGUGAUUUGAAUGUGCGAAAAUCUCUAAAGACACAAUUUACCAUGAAUAACGGGGCAGCGCCUCGUAAAACGUUGAUGCACAAAAUGAGCGAGCACAUGGAUCUGAAUGACUCAAAGGAGAAUGUCGGCUUCCAGAACAGUCAAUUCAAUUUGAAAAAUAUCGAAGAAGACUUGGCACGUUUCGGUCGAAUUCAUUUGAUUCUAGAGCAUUUAAUCAUGAUUAAGUUGAACUUGAAUCUUGAAAAUGUGUUCACAACAUUCCUGGACGAUCUGCGUAGACCGUUGGUGCCAUUCGGUGCGCUCAAAGAAAUGAGUACUGAUUUCCGAGAGAUUCCUGUAACAAAUACGAAAAUUUUGACCAAAACUGAAAACAUUCCGCACCGUCAGCGUGUUUUCCUGAAAUCGCGCAAUCAAUUCAAGAUCAUUCGAAACACAUUUUAUUUCAGUGUUGAUCCAAUUUUCCCGCCGCACGUGUUUAAAUGCAUGGAUAACAGCGAUACAAAAACCGACGUCUACUAUGCCCAUCAAUAUUUGGUAAUUGAAAAUGCCUGAGUGUGUUUUGGUCACGUUAAUUUCCACACCGUCAGCCACUUUACGCGUUACUAGUCUGCAUCGCAACUUUCAAUUCGCAAGCAUAUUACAUUUCAUUUAAACAUUCGCGCAUUUUCUUUCUUCUUUAAAUUACUUUCUUUUUGCCAAUAAGAUUAAUUUGCAUUUAAAAAAAAAAUUCUCGUUUUGCAACAACAUCAUAAAAAAAAUAUUUGUCUAGGUGUAAAAUUCAAUAAAUUACAAUAAAUGUCAUUGCUAGUUAAUGAUGUUCUGGUUGGUCAAAGAACCUUCACCAUUUUAAAA